AUUUUCCAAAUAUCUCAUUCAACAUUGCCGGUGUCCACUACACGCAUUUCGGCCUUGUGCGUGUGAUACGGAUACAUGGAAUAUCACUCUGUCGCGUUGUAAUCAGUACCUGUAGCCUGAUGUUCGUCAAUUUGGACGUAUACGCUCUAGUUUUAAAUAUUAACUACCAAGUCGGGCAAUACUGGGUGGUCGACGCUCUGGAGUAGGGUGUGUUUGCGUCGAUAUUAGUACCGCAAUGCGGUCGAACUGCGCAUUACGCAGACGAGGGAGUACCGUCACGCGUAGUCGGCAUACGCUUGCCGAGUUGCUUGCGUGAUUCGGUUACUCUCCUGUGUAUCUGAUUACGUAGUGUUUGAAUGACGUGUUGAAUUGAUCCAGCAUGACUUCGCCGUACACAGCCAAAGAGUGUAGUACGGCCAGACCUGGACAUCACUUGAAUCAUGCUUUCGAAAGCAUUAAAGCAGGCUUGGAAUCCAAAGCAUACCGUAUUUGUAAGAAGUGCAGAUAUAACCUUGUUUCAAGACACUUUUGGUUCUACAUCACUAUUCUGUGUCUAUUGCAGUACGUAGGACCUAAUCUUAAGGGCUACCUAGGAGAUGUGCGAUAUCCUAGGAUCAUUUCCCCCGUAUAUGCAUAUUCAGAAGAUAACGUUGUUACCAUAGAUUCGCGAUUAGAUGUACUGUCACUUGACGAAGACUAUAGCCCAACUGACCGUGAGUUCGUGACAAUGAAUAACGUAAGUCUAGCACGUACAUCAAAUCGCUCUCUAUGGCCUUGGAAUGAAGAUACAGGAGGGCAUAUCGGCUUGGUCAUCUUGGAUACCGAGGGUCUAGCUUAUAACACAAACUUCUCACGCAAUGUGUUAUGGGUCACCCGAUUAACAGAUAACCUACUAAACGUAAGGAAGCCGAAUGUACAAACUACGCAAACCGCUUGUGCCUUGAAUAGCAUUCCCAUCGACAGCUCUGCGGAUACAGCCGAGCGCAAUUGCCAGGCUAAUGGCACGGAUACCACAAGCUACGCGCGUGAAAGUACGCGACGUCACAGCAUGCGGCAUCUGGUACCCAGCUAUGACGGAUUUGUCUAUUGUGUCAACGAGAGUGGGCAUCACCAGUUGCUCCACAUCCACGUUCGUGAUAUUGUAAACUUCACACCGUUCCGCACUCCGCUGCUGGAUGGAGUAUACCUGGAAGGAUCACGCUAUUCGUCGGUAAUGGCACUGGAUUUUGAAACUGGCAGUUACAUAGCUCGGCAUCCCAACGGAGUGUCGGUGACUAACGACGUGGGACCUAUACGUGACCCCGGACCUGACGGUUGCAACCUGCAGCAACUGCACAUAGCAUAUACCGAUUGGACAGUGCGUGCAUUUGACGAUAAGACGCACGACGAGUUGUGGAGUUUUAACUGGCGUGAAAUAGGCGCUGUGAAUAGUGAAAGCACAAGCCCACCAAUAAUUGAACGGAUACGUGAUGUUAUCCAAGUUGAAGGGAAGAUACUAAGUAUACAGUAUGAAGAGGAUGGUGAUAGUUAUCGCGAGUACAUGAACUUCCCAUUUGAUAUCGCGGCUGUUUUCGCUGUUAUAAACCGACCGAAUGACGAUAUACUCACGCUUCAGUUGGUUGAACGUAUAGCAAUACCGCCUCCAGCAGCGUUCCUCCAGAAUUCCUCGAAUAAGGGCUUUGAACCCAUAAGACUCACUAGUUCAAGUUAUUUUGGUACCAGCAUGCUAUCUGUUAGCAAUGGCGUGAUUGACGUUCCGAAUAUGUGGGAUGUAGGAGCACGACUGGGACCGGAUACAGGUAGCGGCCGGCUAAUAGAAAUCAAGGUAGUUGACCCACUGCACUACACCUCUGAUACACGCCUGGAGCCCCUGACAAUAUCUCAGGCUGCACGGUUACGGUGGCGCCAUAUGAAGUGGCACUAUGUCAUGCGAUGCUGGAUCGUUCUUUUCAUAUUCGCGGUGAUAGUCACGUGUCUAAGGCUCCUGAGACACUGUAUCAAUACGAAGUCGAGAUUUAUCAUAUCCUGGCAUAGAAUUCCAUUUGCUGAUAUCAUAUCUAAUUACGCCAGUAUGAUCAUUGGCGACAUUGAGAGACGUGCUUUUGAGGCCACUGAACGAGUGAUAUACAACGUGGACCACUUGAGUCCAAUGUACUCCGUUGAUACCGUGUGCCGUACGUUUAAUGUGCCACUGGGUAUACUCAACUUUAACGAGCGUUCCACGCCGGCGGCGCAAUUGCUUAACUUGAUAUCACCCAGUAGUCGCCGGUCGUUGGCCGCCCAGAGUACCGAGCAGUCAUUAGGGCAGGAAGUGAAUAAUACUACGGAGCUCAGUGCAACAGUGGCUGAAUCGAGUAUCCAGGAUGCAGCUAACAAUGAAGAUGAUGUUACCCGUGAUGACGAACUGCAGCAUAUAUCCGUUGUACCAAGCGGAACGCCUCUAGCGGGAUUCCUGGAAAAUGGACGUUUCCUAAGGACAUUUGACUGUAUCAAACUACUUGGUAAAGGUGGAUUCGGAUCGGUAUACCGCGCUCAACAUAAGCUUGAGCCGGGUAAUCCCACUUAUGCCGUGAAGUUGGUAUUGCUACGACUGAAGGCUUCUGAAGGGUUGACAUCUAAGCGGUAUUUCAGGGAAAUUGCGGCUAACCGUGAAAUAUCCAGCAAAUAUGUAGUGCGCUAUUUCACCUGGUGGUGCGAGGAGCCGCAUUUCCUCCCGCUGACUCAGUUGACCGCUGAGCUACAGAGUGCAGCAGCUACAAACGUGAAGCACCUGGUUGAUAACAACUCGAUCGAUACCCAUCGCACGAAGACGUUACAUGGAUUCAUGGAUCAUUACCAAGAUAUGCUAAAGGAAUUAGUAGCCCGAUCGAGUGACGAGAGUGUUAACUCGGUUUUAUCCGCUAACCGAUAUAACAUACCAAGAGGCCCAAUUCGACGUAGCCUUACGGUUAUAGGCGAGCAGACGGAUCAGUCACACUGCCCGAGUGUGGACAGCAUGUUAAACGGUGCUUGCGCAAUACCCUUUGAAGAGGAAAACAAUCAAAGUGGAUGCCCAGCCGAUACACCGUCAAGCCAGGGUAUAGUGUUUGCAUACAGCCAAACUCCACAAAUGUUGCAAAAUAACCUAGGAUUACGUGAUAUAUCCAGGAAAAAUAAUAUAGAACAUGCAUCACGCCAUAAGGAUGACGAAAAGUCAUAUCCAGUAGUGUUACUAAUUCUCAUGGAGCUGUGCCGCGGAUUCACUUUGCGCGAAUGGCUGAAUAGACCUGAGCGAGAUGAUAAACCACUGGGAACAGUGAUGUCCUCAGAUGGAAUACCGAUUGAAUUCGAUUUAUUCCGGCAGCUAAUAAAGGGACUGCGUGAUAUACACGCUAACAACUUCAUACACCGUGAUUUAAAACCUGAAAAUAUAUUCGUCGACCCGAUAACAAACGCCUUGAAAAUUGGCGAUUUUGGUCUUGUCGGAUUCAUAUCACAAUCUACGCGUGACACUUGCGACUCGCCACAGGAUAUUACAUUGGGGCAUGAUCCACUGGAGUUGUACCAAGAUGGUAUUAUACACCCUAGGGAGCUCCUGAGACCGGGGUCGUCUAUACCGGAGCAUAUAAUUGGAACUCCAGGGUACACCGCGCCCGAAGGAGGGUUUAACUGCUCUGAAAAGGCUGAUAUAUACUCAGCCUCCCUGAUACUACUCGAGUUGCUGUCACCAAGGUUCAAGACCUCUAUGGAACGAUUCGCCGUACUGGAGAAUUACCGUAAUGCAGGUACCGUGCCUGACUACAUAGACGGUAAAUUGACUCCGUGGCGAGAACUACUAUGCGAAAUGGGCCACAAGGUCCCUGAAAAAAGACCGUCAGCCAUAGAGAUACAAAAAAGACUAAAGAACAUGGUAUCUAUGUGGUGCGGUGAAAACACGGUAACUAAUUUAUAGUAUGUCUUAGUUUCAGUUAG